UGCCUCCUCCAUGUCUGUGCAAUGUGAGGGGAGGAUGCUCCCAGGCAACCUGAGCUUCCAACAGUCCCGCACAAAGCAGCCGGUGGCUUCAACGCUGCCGCUCGGAUGUAUUUUGCGAGCAGCGCGGUCGUGCAGCAUCCUCUUCUUCAUCCUCUUCAUCCCUCGGAGCCUGACACGCAUGACAAGUAAAGCAGCUCUUUGAUGCCAACACAGGAAUGUGCCCAUAAGUGUGUAGGUCGUCAAGUCACAUUUCGCAGAUUUACCUCCUCUUUUUUCCUAAAAACAUUCAUCCUGCACAUUUUUGUGUGUGUUUUAUUUGUAUUUUGUUGCACGGAGGAGGUCGUUUUUUUUUUUUUUCUUUUUUCUUUUUUUUUCUUUUUGCCAAGACAAACUUGUGUGCAUGGCUCUGGUCAUGGAGCCCGUCAGCAAGUGGAGCUCCGGCCAAGUGGUGGAGUGGAUGAAAGGACUGGACGACUGCCUGCAGCAGUACAUCAAGACGUUCGAGAGGGAGAACGUUGGGGGGGACCAGCUGCUGCGAAUCACCCACCAGGAGCUGGAGGAUUUGGGAGUGUCCAGGAUCGGCCAUCAGGAGCUGAUAUUGGAGGCGGUGGACUUGCUUUGUGCGCUGAAUUACGGACUGGAAACAGAAAAUCUGAAGACUCUUUCUCAUAAGCUGAACGCGUCAGCCAAGAACCUGCAGAACUUCAUCACAGGCAGGCGACGCAGCGGCCAUUACGACGGCCGUGCCACUCGCAAACUACCCAACGACUUCCUUACCUCUGUGGUGGACCUCAUUGCUGCUGCCAAAAGCCUUCUGGCGUGGCUGGACAGGUGUUCUUUCUUCACCAGGUCCCCAUUUGCUUCUGUGGCAGAUUACAGUGUGACCAGAAACAACGUGAUCCAGCUGUGUCUUGAACUCACCACUAUUGUACAGCAGGAUUGCUCUGUAUUUGAAACGGAGAACAAGAUCCUGCAUGUGUGUAAAACUCUAUCUGAUGUGUGCGACCACAUUAUCUCUCUGUCCUCGGACCCUAUGGUGUCGCAGGCUGCACAUCUGGAGGUGGUACAGCUGGCCAACAUCAAAUCCACUGAGGGACUGGGCAUGUAUAUCAAGUCAACAUACGAUGGAUUGCAUGUUAUCACGGGCACAACAGAGGGAUCUCCAGCUGACCGCUGUAAGAAAAUCCAUGCUGGAGAUGAAGUCAUUCAGGUCAAUCAUCAGACAGUGGUGGGCUGGCAGCUGAAGAACUUGGUAAACUUACUGCGUGGGGACCCAGCGGGUGUCACCCUGACGCUGAAGAAACGCCCACAGAGUACGCUCACCUCCACUCCGGCUCUGCUCAAGAACAUGCGGUGGAAACCUUUGGCUUUGCAACCACUGUUCCCUCAGAGCCCCAGCAGCAGCGUGGCAACACCAACCAGCACUUUAAGCACCCCAUCCAGGAGGGGAAGCUGCGCCCUCCAGGACCUCUACAUCCCCCCUCCUCCUGCAGAACCCUACACCCCCAGAGAUGACAAAGGGAGUCUGCAGGGCGAUGAAUCUCAGUCCGACCACAUCCACGUCGCCAAGCGCUCCGAGUCGCCCAACUCCUACCUGGACCAAGAGUGUCGGCGUCAAUUCCCUCUGGUGGAGGAUGAUUCCAUACUGUAUUGUUACGAGUACGACCAGAAUCAGGAGGUGCCGCCUGUCCGCAGGGGGAGCACGCCCACCUACAACAGGCUGCGGCCCAUCUCCAUGCCGCUGGAAUACAACUGGGCCGGAGAAGAGGAGGAGGAUGUGGCCAAGCUGAAGAGAGCAAGCAGGAGAGGAGAAAAUUCACUGCUGCGUUUCACAAGUGAAGACAAAGGCCCAGGCGGAGAUUUCUUGCUAGGCCGCAGCCUGAGUCACAAUAGAAGGAAGAUGGAGAGGGGAAGCAGCCCCACACAUUACACACUCAUCCCAGCCCUCCAGAUGGAAGUCUCCCUGUCCACAUCCAGCUCUGACUCUGCCUCGCUCUACCAUGUAUUUGAGCGAUCCUCGCUGCUGUCAAGGUCAAAGAAGAGUAAAGGCGGAAGCCCCAUGGCCUCCAUCAGCAAGCGACGGAUUUCCUGCAGAGACUUGGGUCAAGGCGACUGCGAAGGCUGGCUGUGGAAGAAGAAGGAUGCUAAAACUUAUUUUUCUCAGAAAUGGAAGAAGUAUUGGUUCAUCCUGAAAGAUACGUGUCUGUACUGGUACAUGAACGAAGAGGAUGAGAAGGCAGAAGGCUUUGUCAAUCUUCCCGAGUUUAAGAUUGAUCGUGCCACUGAAUGCAGGAGAAAGUUUGCGUUCAAGGCUUGCCACCCCAAGAUAAAGACUUUCUACUUUGCAGCGGAAAAUGUAGACGACAUGUCUCGGUGGUUGAGUCGCCUAAGCAUGGCCGUGGCAGGAUACUCGGAGCAGGACAAAAUGCGGGACCAAGGUGGGUAUACAGAUUAUUGGAGUGAGAGUGACCAUGAGGACAUGGACAUGUCCUCCAUGAGCAAACAGGACAGUCCACCACCACCUUAUGACACAUAUCCCAGGGCUUCAUCAGUGAGCCCCUUCCUGGAACCCAAACGUGGCCAUUUCUCCUCAUCGGACACCUUCCAGUCUCGUUCCUCUCAUGAGGAUUACCAUUCGGAGCCUCAGGAAGGCGGCAGCAGCAACAAUGGCGGCAUCUCCCCUGGGCAGAAGGCGAGCAAUCACCGCAACUCCUGGCAAGACCAGAUGGAGAGCAACGCCAGAAUGCACUUCCUCCAGACGUAUCCUGUGGAGGACCCUCUGCUAUCGGGGGACAGGGACCAACUGGCCAUGGAGUACCGCAGGCAGUCCACGCUGCCUGCACAGCGCAGCCUGCUGCAGGAACAGUACCGAGCCUUGCCCCUACCCAUCAGGUCCAGUGUGGAUUCAGAGGCGGGAGGGAAGCCUCGCAGCUUCACGCUACCCAGAGACAGCGGCCUUCACGCCAUCCUGGCCGCCAGUGUGUCAGAUGACAGAACACCUCGACACUACCAGCUGGAGCGGCCCAGAGAAAUAGGGCGCGGACGAGACUUGAGGCUACAGUCGGACUCCGUGGGGGAUUUGUACCGAGCUCUGGAGCAGACCAGUCUGUCCACUUCAGCUGACCACAGAUCCUCCAGCCGCCUGGAGUACAAGCGUUCGUUUGUUCGCCGGAUUAACGACCCACUGCUCAACGACAAGCUUCACCGCCUGCGCAUCCUCCACAAUUCUCUCAACAAUGUCCCUCUUCAAGACACAAACCGCUCCAUGGGAUUUUUAGGCUAAUGUGCGAAGCCUCAGCUGCCGUCUCAUCGCUGGAGGUGAAAAGGCACCAGAUUUGUUCUUCUUCCCUUUUCUUUCAUGGUACCUCUCUCACAUCUUUUCUGUGUUUUUGAGACGGAGAACUUUUCCAAAAGGCCAAGCCCUAGUUUGAAGUGGUUGGGAAAAAAAGCACUUUGUGUCCCUGUCAUGGACUUGACGGAGAGUUCCACAUGCAUGGUUGUUUCCCGUCACUUUUUGCUGGCGCUCUGUGCAGCUGAUCAUACAGAGGAAUUACUAUUUUGGGUGUACACGCCAUUUUUGUUAUGUGUAUGAUUAUUAACAAUCUAUAUUAUGACAUUGCUACACAACGUCUUGAGGAUAUUUGCUGGGAUACAAAUUGUUAACAAGUGCUGUGCCUCAGUGAUUGUGAAUGUACAUUGUACUUUUUUCAACAGCAAGAGGAGAACACCACGUUGUCCCUUCACGCAGUGGGGGGAUGUAACAUUUGGCAAUAAGGAAAUCGCAUUGUAAAAUACAAAAAUAAUUGUCAAAAUAGUUGUCUAUUUUUGUAUGCAUGCAGUCUUUCCAAUGGUGACAAAAACAUUGUUUUUUUUAUUUUUAUUUCUAGGUGCAGUAAAUUCAGAGUUUUGCUGGUCUCACCAGCCUCAGCCACAAUAUUUAUUUAAAAAAAAGAAGAAGCUAAUUACACUACAAAAAGAGGACUAACUGUAUUUAUUAUUAAGUGUUCAAUGUACACGCAUGUUUCGUAAUACUAAAACACAUUACCAUGCUGUUUAGCUGCACUCGUGUGCCAUAUUGCCAUAUUGUAGCUGCAAUACUUUUAUUUAAAAAUGGAAAUAAAGUAUGGCGUGGGCGCACAGA